CGAGCUUGCGGGCCGCGCCGGGCAUGUCCUAGGCGGCGGCCCCGCCCAGCGCUCGGCGGGCCGGGCGGGAGGGCCGGGGCCGAGCCGGGACCCAGCCGGGAUCGAGCCGCAGGGCCAGACGGGCCUCACCAGUGCCAAGAUGAGCGUCACCUCCUGGUUCCUGGUGAGCAGCAGCGGCACCCGCCACCGGCUUCCUCGAGAGCUCAUCUUCGUGGGGCGUGAUGAGUGUGAGCUCAUGCUGCAGUCUCGCAGCGUGGACAAGCAGCAUGCUGUCAUCAACUACGACCAGGAGAGGGACGAGCACUGGGUAAAGGACCUGGGCAGCCUGAAUGGAACGUUCGUGAACGACGUGCGCAUCCCGGACCAGAAGUACGUCACGCUGAAGCUCAAUGACGUCAUCCGAUUCGGCUAUGAUUCCAACAUGUACGUGCUGGAACGCGUGCAGCACCGCGUCCCCGAGGAGGCGCUCAGGCACGAGAAGUACACCAGCCAGCUGCAGGUGAGCGUCAAGGGCCCGGCGCCCAAGAGGGGCGAGGCGCUGCCGGAGCACACGCCAUACUGCGAGUCCUCUACCCCCAGGCCGGAGAGGGGCGACCGGAGACCAGGACCAGAAUCGGCGGCCUACCGCACACCCCUGUACGGGCAGCCCUCCUGGUGGGGCGAGGACGAUGGUGGCACCUCGCCUGAGGACCGGCGCCAGGAGGAGCCUUACCCCGAGCGGCCCAAGGAGCUGGCACAGCAGGACGGGGAGCUCCCCGGGGCAUUAGCCGGCUUCCGGGCUGCCACGGAGCCUCAGGGUUACUCGUUCCGGCGGGAGCCCAGCUACUUCGAGAUCCCCACGAAGGAGGCCCCGCAGCCACCGAGGACCCCCGAGGUGCUGGCACACGAGGUGCCCACGAAGGACGUGGAGCCAGGCGGGGGCGGGGCGGCCCCCGUGGUGCAGAGCCACGCGUCUUUCACCAUCGAGUUUGACGACUGCAGCCCGGGCAAGGUGAAGAUCAAGGACCACGUCACCAAGUUCUCCCUGCGCCAGCGGCGGCCCCCCAGCAAGGAAGCCACGCCUGUCGAGGUGGUGUCUGCAGAGACCAAGGUGGCUGACUGGCUGGUGCAAAACGACCCCAGCCUGCUGCGCCGGGCCGGCCCCGGAGACGACCGCCACAGCACCAAGAGUGACCUGCCCGUCCACACCCGCACCCUGAAGGGCCACAAGCACGAGGACGGCACGCAGAGUGACUCGGAGGACCCCAUGGCCAAGGCAGCCGGGGAGAGCAGCGGGGAGCAGGUGCGGCUGCAGAGGCAGAUCAAGCGGGAGCCCCAGGAGCUGCUGCACAACCAGCAGGCCUUCGUCAUCGAGUUCUUCGACGAGGACACGCCCCGCAAGAAGCGCUCCCAGUCCUUCACACACACCCCACCUGGGGACCCCAAGGCCGACAAGCGCCGAGGCCCUGGGCCAGCCGACAGGGACCGCCCAGGUGCACCGGUCCCGGCCCGGGCGGCGGGCAGCAGCUCGGGGCCACAGCGGGCCAGCUCGCUGAAGCGGGAGAAGACGGAGGAGCGGCUGGGCGGCUCCUCGCCCGCCGCCCGGGCCCCUGUCCGUCCCUUCGGCAGCGUGGGGCGCCGCUCCCGGCUGGCCCAGGACUUCAUGGCCCAGUGCCUGCGGGAGGGCUCCCCGGCCACCCGGCCUGCCCCCGAGAAGGUGCCCCCUGCACUGCCCGCCCCCUUGACACCCCGUGGGGCCAGCCCUGUGGUCCCCUCAACUCCGCCACCACCCCCCGCCGACCCCCAGCUGAGCAAAGCGCGCAAACAGGAGGAGGAUGACAGCCUCAGUGACGCAGGGACCUACACCAUCGAGACAGAGACACAGGACCAGGAGGUGGAGGAGGCCCGCAAGAUGAUCGACCAGGUCUUCGGGGUACUCGAGUCCCCUGAACUCUCCAGGGUAUCCUCUGCCACCUUCCGUCCAGUCAUCAGAGGGGACAGAGACGAGUCUGGUGACGGAGUGGCCCAGCGGAUGGCACUGCUACAGGAGUUUGCCUCCCGGCCAGUGGGCACGGCCCCCCAGGGGGAGCUCCAGGGCCUCCCAGUGCCGGGCUCCCCCGGGGGUCAGAAGUGGGUGUCCCGCUGGGCCAGCCUGGCCGACAGCUACUCGGACCCGGGCCUGGCAGAGGACGGCCCUGGGCGCAGAGCUGGGGAGCUUGAGGGGGCCCUUCCUGUGCGCCAGCGGCGACUCCUCCCACAGCUGCCCAGUGACAGGGCAGACAGCCCAGCCGGCCCCGAGGCUGCCAGGAGGAGCGGGCCUGGGCCACUGGAGCCGGGCAGUGAGCAGGCCAGCCACCUCUUGGGCCAGGAGGACCUGGAACCCGACAGCCUCAGUGAUGCCAGUGGGUCAGACGGGGGCCGGGGCCCUGAGCCGGGCGGGAGCUCACAGGAGGAGAGACGCAGGAGCCCCCAGGAGGGUCUGGCAUGGACGAGGGGCCGGCGCUCGCCAAGGGCCCCCGGGGAGCUGGCCCCCACCUCUUUCUUCAUCGGGGACCAAAACGGGGAGGCCACUUUCCCCCAGAAACCAUCUAUGGCUCCAGGGGAGGUGGAGGGCCCAGGGCAGGCAGCCCAGCCCAGCCUCCCGGCGAGGGACGGUGUCUACGUCAGCUCCAGCGGGAGAAUGGUCGUCCAGCUGCGGCCAGGGUGGUCCCCAGAGCCCGAGGGCCCCACUCCGGCCCCGCCCAAGGAGGCUCUGGCCUUUGUCCGGCAGGAGAGCUUCACCAAGGAGCCAGCCAGCGGCCCCCCAGCCCCUGGCCAGCUCCCGCACAUCUCUAGCCACCCCCUCCUGCAGGACCUAGCCUCAGCCCGGGCCUCGCGAAUGGACCUCCACUCCCAGGACACCCACCUGAUCUUGAAGGAGACUGAGACGGCCCUGGCGGCCCUGGAGGCCCACCUGCUCUCCAAGUCCACAGAGGAGGUGGAGGGCGAGGGGGUCAGUGCCCCUGGGCCACCGGAGGACUCCCUGUCCGGAGACUCCGACUUGGACACGGCAAGCACCAUCAGCCUGCUCAGUGGCAAGAAUGGGCCCAGCCCGACCAGCCCCCAGCCCACAGGGCUGCAGAAGGAGAAGCUGCCAUCCCCACCAGCAGCACAGGAGCCGGGGAGUGCCGCCCUGAGCAGCGCCCGGGAGCGGCUCUCGGAGAAGCAGCGUCGCCUGCCAGGCCCGAUGGACAUGGGCCGCGGGGAGCCAGCUCGGCGCCUGGCCGUGCGGCGUGGCUACGGGCCCCGGGGGUCCCUGGACUGGCCCGACGAGGAACGAGGCUCCAGCCUUGCCCACCCACCCAGCUCAGACAUGGUCACCUCCGACCACGAGACCCCUGCGGCUACCGGGGCAGGUCGGCCAGCACCUCGCCGAAAACCUACCGCGCCACCGCCGUCCCCGGCUGCCCAGGAAGAACAGAGCCGCAGCUCAGCUGGCGCCCAGAAAGCACAGCAGGCGCUGACCCGCUCCAACAGCCUGUCCACCCCUCGGCCCACGCGGGCCUCCCGGCUGAGGCGGGCCCGGCUGGGGGACGCCUCGGACACAGAGGCCCCAGAUGGCGAACGGGGGCCCCUGGCCAACCCCGAGCCAGCGGGGCGGCCAGCCCCCGAGCAGGGCAAGAAGCUGUCGCGCCUGGACAUCCUGGCCAUGCCCCGGAAGCGGGCCGGCUCCUUCACGGGGCCCAGUGACUCAGAGGCGGGCCCCACCCGCACCGGCUUCUCCGGCCGCAGCGUCGAGUUGUACUGCAUGGGCCGCAAGCCCACCGUGGCCGAGGCUCGGGCUGCCGCCAGGAAGGCCGCCACCACCACCACGGCCCCCCGCCAGCCCUUCAGCAGGGCCCGCCCGGGCAGUGCCCGAUACUCCUCGCCCAGCACACGUCGCCGGCAGCAGGGCUCAGAUUGCACGUCCACCUCUGAGGAGGAGUAUGGCUCCCACCAUGGCUCCCCCAAACACACACGCUCCCACGCCUCUACAGCCACUCAGACCCCACGGGCUGGCAGCUCUGGCCGGGCCCGGCCCCGGGACACAGACGAUGAGGAAGAAGAGCCUGAUCCCUAUGGUUUCAUUGUGCAGACGGCCGAGAUUGCUGAGAUUGCCAGGCUGAGCCAGACGCUGGUGAAGGACGUGGCCAUCCUGGCCCAGGAGAUCCACGACGUGGCUGGGGACGGCGACUCGCUGGGCUCGCUGGGGUCUGCCCGCAGCCCCUCCCUCAACAACGUGCCCAGUACCCCCGCCUCCACCAUCUCCGCCCGAGAGGAACUGGUGCAGCGCAUCCCCGAGGCCAGCCUCAACUUCCAGAAGGUGCCGCCCGGCUCCCUGAACUCUCGGGACUUGGACCAGAACAUGAACGACCGCCGUGAGGUCCCCAUGGCCAACAAGACACGGCCUCGGAACCGCGAGGAGGCAGGCACCCCACCCACUCCCCGAGCCGGCCUGGCCGGGUGCUGGGGUGGCCGAGGGAGCAGGGUCUCCGUGCUGAUGCCUGCCUCCUCGCAGGUGAUCUUUGAUAACCUGAUGCUGAACCCCGUGUCCCAGCUGUCCCAUGCCAUCCGAGAGAACACGGAGCACCUGGCCGAGAAGAUGAAGAUCCUCUUUCAGAACACAGGGCGAGCGUGGGAGGAGCUGGAGGCCAGGAUCAACGCUGAGAACGAGGUGCCCAUCCUGAAGACCUCCAACAAGGAAAUCAGCUCCAUCCUGAAGGAACUGAGGCGUGUGCAGAAGCAGCUGGAAGUCAUCAAUGCCAUCGUGGACCCCAGCGGGAACCUGGACCUGCUGACCGGAAACAGGGGCUCCGGGGGCUUGGCCCAGCUCGGGAAAGGCCGGCCUGCCGCCCAGAGCCCGUCCUCUCCCCCCUCGGCCCUGCCCCUGAGGAGCUUCCCGCCACGGGCCAACUGCGGGUCCCCCAGCCUCCCAGACCCCGCCUUCCUCCCCGACUUCCUCCCAGACGCCGAGAGGUUCCUGAUCUAGGCAGCGGGCCGGGCGGCCUCCCUGUGCGCGCCCAGUGCCUCCCGCUCACCCCGUCCAUCCAUCUGCCGUGGCGGCCCCUCCUGGCUGCGGAGGGCUCACUGCAACACCCCGACAUGUGCCAUAACCCCGUGGGCGAGCGCCUCCACGCCACCCUCCUCAGUUCCCGGCCAGCACCCCAACCAGACUGUCUAGCCCCUGUGGCCGCCUCGCUGGCCUCCUGGCCCAGCUCCUGCUACGGCCCCUGCCAGGGCCAGUGUCGCGGGCGUGUGCCACCUCCUCUCCGUCGCUGUUCUUGUCUUUUGCUUUCGAGGAAAGAGUACUUUGUGCCGUUGCAGCAGUCUCCCUGGCCUGGAAGGGCCCCCACCCCACCCUGCCUCGUGGGCUGGGGCAGCUGUUCCGGGAGGCCCCAUGUGCUUACCUGUCCUGUCCCCGUGUGCUGGCCGGGGCCAGGCGGAGGAAGAGGGGCUGGGCCGUGGGGUCAUUCAGUGCCAAACACAGAGCCAGGGGGCUGGUGACGACCCAGGACUUGAGAUGCAGGCAGGGGGCAGGCUGGGCAGGGCGCUUGCAGCUGCCCCAGAGUACGGUGGCCCAGGACAGGGACGUGGCCUGUGGAGAUGGUGGGGUAGGAGCCCUACUGCUUCGAGCCUUUGGUGCCAACACAACUGCCAAACCCCUUGAGCGUGCAGGCUGCUGUGAGGGGGCCUGAGUGUGGGGGACCGGCCACGCACAGGUGUACCGCAUGCCAGACACGCCCAUGCUCACCGCCAGCCCGGCACAUGUCCACGCUGUGGGGUGUGUCCCAGCGAGGGGGGCUGGGCCUCUGCACUUGGCCUUGGUGGUUCUAGGCUGGCAGAGGUGAGCGCUAGACCAAAGUGGCCGGAAACCAGGCUUCCGGAAGCUCGCUAGACAAUGCACCCUCCGCUGUGACCUCAGCCCUGGCCUCCCGGAUGCUGUGGGCAUUAAUUGGGCAUCUGCAACCGGCUCGGGCCGCAUAGGCCCCUUCGCUCCUGGUCCCGUGGGGGGCAGGGAUAGGCCCCGGGAACAGUCUUGUUUUCUCAGGAUUCUUUCAGCUGGGAAGGUGCCAGGUGAGCUGAGCGCGGCCCCGCCUGGGGGCUGAUGUUUCUGGAGCUAAGCCAAAGAGCCCGGUGGCUGUGGCCGGUGGGGUGGGCUCUGCACCCCCCUGGCAUUUGUGCGAGUGUCGACGGCUGGCAGCGCCCGCUGGAGGACCCCGAGGCUGGCGUGCGAGCCCGGGCUGCAGUGGCUGCCGUGUCUCCGUGUUUACAUUGAGCUGACUUGGAGCCAAGUGCUCAGGUCCUGUGUCCCCACCUGGCGUUUACGUGUGUGUGUGUGUGUGUGGCGGGGGCCCCGCCCGGCCCCGCCCCGAGAGCCUGCUGUGUCUACAUGGAGGGGGUGCUAGUCCUGGUCCGCCCUGCAUGCCGCUCACUUGCCCUCAGCACUGCCCCCCCGACCCCCGGAACAGCUCUGGCCCGUCCUGUCGUCCCCGACCUCCACCCACACCCCUCGGCGAUUGCUGUACGGUUUUUUUUAUCCACAAGUUCGUGUUCCUCCCUCCAGUCUUCGACGUGGGAUCGGUAACUUAUUGUCUGGCUUCUCGGAGGCACCUCUGUGUGUUUGUCCUCCGGUGGUCUUAUGGAGGUCUCAGAAAAUGGUUAUUUUAUAUGAUUUGUCAUGGAACUUGUUCUAAUAAAUCAUUCUUUUAUCACGUGGCAACAUCCGG